AUGACACCUAAUCGAUCACCAACAACACUUCUUUCAACUGAAAUUUUUUGUGGCAAUGGUGCUGAAAUUCAUGAAACAAAUAAAUUGAAUCAACCACCAGAAAGGGAUCCACCGACGGAAGCGCGAUCUUUGGCUCAAAAAAAACGUCGUCAAAGAGAACAAGAUUUAAAGGAACAUGAAUUAAAGAAACAACCUCCUAAAAGGGAGCCGUCCAUGGCACGAUCCUUGGCUCAGAAAAAACGUCAACAAAGAGAACAUGAACUAAAAAAUAUGCAGAUUCAACAAACACAUUGUGGAAGGGAACAACAAUUAAAGUAUAAACAAAUUCAACAAAAUAAUAUUCUUCUACAGCCAGGUGUUCAGAGACAACGCCAACAAGUAGAUAACAAAGCACAAUGCUUAGAGCAAAAAACAAGUAACGAGAUGGAAAAACAGGAAAAGCUACGUCAGCAAGGUCAAGAACAAUUAACAAAAGAAGCUAAAGAGUUAUGUGAUGAUGCUGCUGAACAAAGAAGCAUUCAAGAGGAACGCAAUCAAUUUGUGCUUCAAAGAACUCAUGAAAGAAAGAAAUUGUCACAACAAGAACGUCGUAGACGAGAAUUGGAUCAACCACCAAAAAAGGAGCCAUUAACGGUAUAUGAAUCGAUCAAUAGCAGAGCAAAUAAAUACUCAAAGUGUAUGUGA